GGCGUGCCCGUCUGACUGCUUGGCUGGACUCGCCCGUCGCCCGUCGCGCCCAACACCGAGCCCAAGCAGCUGCACUCCUUGCGCAGUAGACGGACGAACGGCGACAGGCUUGCUGCACGGUCGAGCACACCUCUGUGGCUCUAGACCGAGCCCGUGACCCGACAAGGUUCUCGCCUCCGAUCGGUGUGUGUCGAGACUUGCCGCUCAGCUCACACUCCGUCUCAAAGUCAUCAUGCCGCACCGCGACGAGCCCGAGAGAUUGGUGCGAGGGGGUGCUGCUGAAUUCAAAUGGUCCGACGUUGCUGCUUCCGAGCACAGAGAGAAUUAUCUCGGUCAUUCGGUCAACGCACCGGCCGGUCGGUGGCAGAAGAACAAGGACGUACACUGGUACAACAGAGACAAGGCGACCACUCAAGCCGAACGGGAUGAGGAGAUCAGGCAGGUCAAGCAAGCAGAGGAAGAUGCACUUGCCGCUGCCUUAGGAUUCCGACCUAUUACUUCCUCGGCCAAUGCGAUACCCGUCACUGCACCCAAAGCGAGUGCCGAGACGGGCGAGAGCGAAGAGGAACGGAAAGCGCGCAAGGAAGCCCGGAGGGCAGAGAAAGAGCAACGACGGGCAGACAAAGAGGAUCGUCGUGCGAACAGACGUGCUACCGAUCGAAGACGAUAUGAUAGUCGUAGCCCGCCCCGGAGAUAUGAUGAUGACCGUCGGAGAGAUGAUCGUAGCUCGAGACGAAGGAGCAGGUCACGAUCGCCUGAGCGAUCGAGGAGGAGGACACGCUCGCCAAGAGAACGCUACUGAUCCUGUCUCUUCGCGUGUUGUUGUAUCUGAUGCAUUGAAACGGUUCAACCCAACACACGGG